AUGGAAAAGAUCUACAAAUCCAAGGAGCCGCUGCCUCGAGUUCGCGAUCCAUCAAAGCCAAUGCAAGUCAUAUGUCCAGGCUUUCCUCGUUGUGGUACAGAGUCACUGCAGGUCGCACUCAUCAAGCUCGGCUACGACUACACAUACCACGGAUGGGAUAUCAUCUUCGAAGAACCAAACUAUUCGCAAGCAUGGUCUCGUCUCGCACGCAAGAAGUGGUUCGGCACGCCGGACGGAGACUCGAACAUUACCGCAGCAGAUUUCGAUCAAGUCUUGGGCCACUCCAUCGCAGUGACAGAUGCCGCUGCCUCAGUUUUUGCCGCAGAGUUGAUCGCAGCUUACCCAGACGCAAAAGUGGUUCUCAACGGUAGGAAAGACUUGGAUGCGUGGCAUCGAAGUGUCGUGAAGAACCUCGUCGAAACAGCGUACGAGAACUGGGUCAUCUAUAUCGCAACAAGACUCGCUGGACCUGCUUUCUGGUCCUGGACCGUGUUUGAAAACUAUCUCUGGAGGGGCCUCUUCCGGGACGAUAACGUUGCUCGUGGGAUCAGAUCAAACGGCAAAUGGAUCUACAAGGAGCAUUACAACAUGAUCCGCGGACUUGUGCCGAAGGACAACCUUCUGGAGUGGACCGUGGAGGAUGGAUGGGAGCCAUUGUGCAAGUUGCUUGGUAAAGAAAUACCAGAUGAAGAGUUUCCCAAAGUCAACGACACUGCGGCUUUUGCUGCAAAAGAGGGUGCAUGGCACAAGCGAAAUAGUGCUGCGCUCUUGACGAAUAUGAGCGUUUUCGUCUCCGUGGUAGCUGUUGGGGUGGCGGCCAUUGGCAGCUACAGAAGAUCUGGCAGAGUGUUCGAACACACUACCCACGCCGUCAACAUCUUAAAAGGCAGUAUAGGACGGUGA